AUGAUCCUAGACGGCAGCUCUUUCUCUCGGGCUGUGGGUGAGUUUACCGGCACGGCGCUUCUGAUGAUGGUCGGCUGCAUGGGAGUGGCGAUGAGCUUUCCGGAGGAGGCUGGAUUCUUGGUGGGGAGCUUUCAAUACGGAUUGACAGUGUGCAUAGUGGUGCAUGUUUUUGGCUGCAUUUCUGGUGCCCAUGCCAAUCCGUGCGUCUCGAUUUCUUGCUGCAUUCUUGGCCACAUAGCCAAGGACAUGAUGCUGCUCUAUGUCGCCUGUCAGCUGGCCGGCGGCCUGGCCGGCUACUACUUUCUGAUGGCGAUGCUGCCAGCGGCUGUCAUUGAGCACAAUUAUCCGGCCCUCUGUGUGCACGACCCAAUGGCCGAACUGUCAAACUUUCAAAUUUUAGCCAUUGAGUUCAUCCUCACAUCGGUGUUUGUCCUGGGCUGGUGCGCGCUGUGGGAUGUGCAGAAUAGUAACUGCCUGGACUCUGCCUCGAUUAAAAUGGGACUCUUGGUGACCGCUUGUGGCAUUGCUGGGAACAACCUGACGGGUGCGUCUAUGAACCCGGUGAAAACACUUAUCCCUUUGCUGUUUCACGACUAUCAUGGUACAUUUUAUCCGCAACUGGCUGGUCAGACCUUGGCGGCGGUGCUGGUUCCUUGUAUCUGGUGCACUGCGUUUAUAUACAGUGAUAAGCCCAUGGAAACGGUACACGGACGUCCGAAGCGUACAUGAUCGUAAAAGGAGUUGCCAGACUGUCCGCUUUCUUGUGCUUACCACACCAGCACUGAGGCAAUCGAGUUACCAUAUCGGAUUUCAGCACUAACUAUAAGUACAAUGAAAUA